AUGACUUUGGAGGAAGAUGAUGAGCUCUGCUUUCCACAGCUCUUCAACUCCUCGUGCACGAAGCCGAAGCGAUCUGAGCUUGAGGCAGUGCUGACCUACAUCACACUGUCGUCCAUCUCUCUGCUCACCACGACUCUGAACAUGUUUGUCAUCAUCUCCAUCUCACACUUUAAGCAGCUCCACACUCCCACCAACUUCCUCCUCCUGUCUCUGGCCGUCUCAGAUUUCUUUGUGGGCCUCAUCAUGUUCUUUCAGAUUGUGCUCAUCGACGGAUGCUGGUUCCUCGGCGACGCCACGUGCAGCGCGUAUCAGUACGUCGCCUACGUCAUCACGUCGGCCUCCGUGGGAACCAUGGUGCUCAUAUGUGUGGACCGCUACGUGGCCAUCUGUGACCCUCUGCGCUACUCCGUCAAAGUCACGCAGGGCAGAGUUCAGGCCUGUGUGUGUCUGUGCUGGACCAGCGCCGUGGCCUAUCAGUCGGUGCUGCUGAGGGAUAAUUUGGAUCAACCAGGCAGGUUCAUUUCCUGCGCUGGUGAGUGUGUUAAUGCUGGAAACUACAUUGCUGGCCUGGCUGAUCUCUUUUUCUCCUUCGUUGGUCCCGUCGCUGUCACCGUAGUCCUGUACAUGAGAGUGUUUGCUGUGGCUGCGUCUCAGGCUCGUGCCAUGAGGUCCCAGGCUGCCGCCGUCUCACUCCAGGGUUCUGUCACUGUGACUGUAAAGAGGUCUGAGCUGAAGGCAGCCGUCACGCUCGGCGUCGUCGUGGCUGUUUUCCUAGUUUGCCUCUGCCCGUAUUUCAUCUACAUCGUCAUCCUCACAGCUGGGGGAACCCUGGUAAAUGCUUCGUCUGCUGCGUUUGUCAUCUGUCUCUUCUACUUUAACUCCUGUCUGAACCCUCUCAUUUAUGCUUUUUUCUACCGCUGGUUCAGGAAAUGUCUCAAAGUCAUUGUCACACUUCAGAUCCUGCAGCCUGACUCGUCUGAAGCCAACGUACUGUAAACACAAUAAAACGUAUGAAAACAAAAUCACACUGUGCAUUUGAUAAAUGUUCAUACGUUUAUUGAGGUUAUUUCAUUACAUUCGGUCAAGUGAAAAUA